GCCCGCGCGGCGGCCAUUUUGUCUUGUCGGCUCCUUUCUAGAGGUGGUUUUUCGGCCUGCUAGCGGGCAAGAGCGUGGCGACAUUAUCGCCGGGGUGUAAUUUUUGGUGGGUGCUAGGGCUGGUGAGAGCAGCCGCCCGAAGAAAGCACCAUGAUCUCGGCCGCGCAAUUAUUGGAUGAGUUAAUGGGCCGGGACCGAAACCUCGCCCCGGAUGAGAAGCGUAGCAACGUGCGGUGGGACCACGAGAGCGUCUGUAAAUACUAUCUUUGUGGUUUUUGUCCUGCGGAAUUGUUCACAAAUACUCGGUCUGACCUUGGUCCAUGUGAAAAAAUUCAUGACGAAAAUUUACGAAAACAGUAUGAGAAGAGUUCUCGAUUUAUGAAAGUUGGCUAUGAGCGAGAUUUUUUGCGGUACUUACAGAGCUUACUUGCAGAAGUGGAACGUAGAAUUAGACGAGGCCAUGCUCGUUUGGCAUUAUCUCAAAAUCAGCAGUCUUCUGGGGCAGCUGGCCCAACAGGCAAAAAUGAAGAAAAAAUUCAAGUUCUAACAGAUAAAAUUGAUGUACUAUUACAACAGAUUGAAGAAUUAGGAUCAGAAGGAAAAGUAGAAGAAGCACAAGGAAUGAUGAAAUUAGUUGAACAGUUAAAGGAAGAGAGAGAAUUGCUUAGAUCUACAACUUCGACAAUUGAAAGUUUUGCUGCCCAGGAAAAACAAAUGGAAGUUUGUGAAGUUUGUGGAGCCUUUUUGAUAGUAGGAGACGCCCAGUCCCGUGUUGAUGACCAUUUGAUGGGAAAACAGCACAUGGGCUAUGCCAAAAUUAAAGCUACCGUAGAAGAACUAAAAGAGAAGUUGAGAAAAAGAACAGAAGAGCCUGAUCGUGACGAGCGUUUGAAAAAGGAGAAGCAGGAACGAGAAGAGAGAGAAGAAAGAGAAAGGAAAAGACGAAGAGAAGAGGAAGAAAGAGAAAAAGAAAGGGCUCGAGACAGAGAAAGAAGAAAGAGAAGUCGGUCACGAAGUCGUCAUUCUAGCAGAACAUCUGACCGAAGAUGUAGUAGGUCUCGGGACCACAAAAGAUCAAGAAGCAGAGAAAGAAGGCGAAGCAGAAGUAGGGAUCGGCGAAGAAGCAGGAGCCAUGACAGAUCUGAAAGAAAGCAUCGAUCACGUAGCCGGGAUCGAAGAAGAUCGAAGAGCCGAGAUCGAAAGUCAUACAAGCACAGAAGCAGAAGUCGGGAGAGAGAACAAGACAGAAAAUCCAAGGAAAAAGACAAAAGGGGAUCUGAUGAUAAAAAAAGUAGUGUGAAGUCCAGUAGUCGAGAAAAGCAGAGUGAAGACACAAACACUGACUCAAAGGAAAGUGAUACUAAGAAUGAGGUCAAUGGGACCAGUGAAGACAUUAAAUCUGAAGUGCAGCGUAAGUAUGCACAGAUGAAGAUGGAACUAAGCCGUGUAAGAAGACAUACAAAUGCAUCUUCUGAAGGAAAAGACAGUGUAGUCCUGCAAAACAUUUUGAGGUACAUUGUUUUGUCUCAGCUAUUUUGUAGCAGACUCGUGCCCCCAUUAGUGUGCCUCUUUGGAAAUUACUGCCCACCAUUGUAAUAUAGUCGCCAUUGAAAGUUAAUUAUCCUUUUUUUUUUUUUUUAGGGAUUUUCCUGUCAUUUCUUUUUUUCUUUUUUUAAAUAAAAAGGUUGAACUGGUUUUUUUUUUUUUCCUUUUUGGUAUUAAGUCCAUCUUGUGUUGGUACAUUGGCAGAGACAUAUGCUUUAAAAAUUUAAUAUUUCUGAGGCACAUGUUGGACUACUUUGUUUUAAUUAAACUGCUAGUGUUUCUUUGUCAAGGAUGUUUCUAGUUUUUUGCUUUAUUGCCUUGCAUUCUAAUGCAGUUUGUUCUGUAACUCGAGAGCCAGUAGCAUUGGAUUGAUGGAAGUGUAGGGUUUAUGAAUUAUUGCAGCUGACUACCAUACCUCACACAGCGUUGGUGUUGUGAGCGGCCCAUGAAAAGCCAAAUUAAAAAUCAAGGAUUCAGUCAAACUAAGCAGGUACUCAUGCCAGGUACUCCUUUCUCUACCCACAUCCAUGUUUGAAUGCUAUUGCCUGUGAUCUUUACGAUUAACUGUUGUGUAUCUUUUUGUUCUUUACAAGAAGCACAGGGUUUUUUUGUGUAUUGCGUGAAAACUAUUAAAUCAAUGUUAACAGAAUGGAAUUCUUUUUCAACUGUAUGUAGGGAUGCAGUGGUGCCCAGAAUUAGAUAUCUUUACAGAAUUUUAAAUACAGUAAACACUUCAUAUUAUUCGCCUUGUUACAUUCAAUGCAAUUCUCAAGUCUAUAAGAGGUAUGUGUUUAAUAUUUCCUACUGCGUAGGAGAAUUUGCAGUCACCUAUAGGUGUAUGAGAAUAUAGUCCCUGAUAAACUUAAAGCCACAGUGAAUAGCAAGGAUAGAUACUUUUGAUCUGUGAAAUGUGAAGAAUUGACGAACUGUAUGUAUAGAAUGAACUUGGGUUUUAAAAGAACUACUAAGUCAAAUUUUACAAGGGUUCUUAAAACCUAUAAAUUGUUCAUUCUUUGGGCUAGUGGCAUGGGGAUGCAGUAUUUCUAAUAAGUACAAAUUCAUUACCUUGUCGAUGGCAUUCCUUUUCUAGAACGACAAUAUGUUUUAUCUGUGUGAACCAUUCACACAUAGGCAAACAUACACAGGCACAUGGCUUUAAGACCACACUGAUGCCUUGAUAAUUGAAAAAUAAUGCACACUCCAUAUACAUAUGCUAACUAGCCAUUAGUGACUGGGCCAACACAUAGUCAUAAAAAUUUGCCUUUUAUACAUUGCCUAAUUAUCAUUUUUCCCCAAAUUUUGCAUUGUAGGACUACUGUUCGAAGACUUUUGGAAGAAUACUGAAAACGACAUAAAGUGAAGAUCGGCAUUAAAAUGAGGUGAAAGAAAGAUAUAGUGGCAUAGAAAAAGUAUAAAGCUCAGUUAGUUGUGGUUUUUUAAUUAUUUUAUUUUAAAAAUUAAUUCAGGACUGAUGUGACCUACCAGAUUUCAGAACAUGUGUUAAUAGCAUAUAUGCCACUGAAACCUUAGGUCCUGUAUAUUUUUUCUUUCCUUUAAGACUUUUUAAGAAAUAUUACCUAAACAUGUGGCUCUUGCUCAGUGUUGAAAUGCAAGUUUUCCUUCUUGGACUUUGAAAAAUGGGAUUAAACAUUAGUAUUUGUGUGAAUCAGACUAAAUGGGAUUCCAUUUUUACAAUUCUAUACUUAGCCUUUGAUUUAGAAGUAAAAAUAAAGUAUCUGACUUUCUGUUACAAAUUUGAUUGUCUCUAUCAUUGACAAGAUUUAGUAUUAAUCUUUUUUAAAUAAAAAUAUUGACUCUGAA